AUAUAAAAUCAGAUCACAACUUGCACAUGCAUAUGCCGAAUGAUGCCAUACUCGUAAAAUCCACAGAUAAAGUUAACAUUGAGAGACACCAUUUCCCUUCCGAAAAAUAUCGAGAACACCUUUUGGUAUUUACAUUAAUCCAUGCACCAAACAUAGAAAAAAGCAAACAAACCUCACCUUAUACUUCACUCAACUUAUUUUUCUUCUUCACUUGUCUCUAAAACAAAAUAGUGAGGAAAGGAAAGAAGAAGAAGCAAGAAUUCACUGAUAGCUUUUCAUCAAUGGCAACAUUUAUGAUGAUGAUGAUGAUUCUGGUCAUGUUUUUCGUUACGAUUUCUCCGAUCAGUGGUUUGAAUUUGGAGGAGAAGAUUGAUGAAACUCCGGUGACACCAUCCCCACCGGAUUCAGGAAUCGAGUGUACGGCUUGUUCGAGCUGUGAAAAUCCAUGUCAAUACUCACCACCGCCACCACCACCUUCUCCAAUAUUACCUCCACCACCACCACCCCCACCCCCAAAGACUCCCUCAAAGCCAGAUUGUCCACCACCUCCUUCCGGUUAUAUAACACCCCCAAUGCCACCGUCCGGUUAUUUACCGCCUUAUGGUUACGUACCGCCUCCUCCAGGGAGUUUGUAUCCAGUUGACCCGAAUUAUCAUUUUUCGAGUGCCAAUCGAGAAUAUGGUAAUAUGUUUCUAGUUUUGGUUGGGUGUUCCGUUUUCGGAAUUUUAGCUUCUUGGAGUUUAUUGCUAUAAUAAUCAGUCCAUGGAGGAUCAGUGGACAAUCAAUCAAAAUUUCACCAUGGGGAUUUUGGAUGAAUCAUGUCUCUGCAGUUUCAUUUUUAUUUUUCUAGCUAAAUCAAGAAUCUCUUAUAUUUAGAAUAAUUAGUUUUCUUUUAUGUUUUGGAAUUGCUGUUUAUAUUUAACAGAGGUUUAAAAAUAUAAUACCAAAUUAAUUUUUAAUC